UUUUCGAGUGACGUUUAUAGUAUAGUGUAGGUUAUUAAGAAUUGUUAGAGAAAAUUAUGAUAUUAAAGUUAAAUGUUAAGUGUUUGUAGUUGAAUUAAAUGUAAAAAAUAUAUUCAACUCCAAUUUAUUUGUGCGGGAAGAGUGUUUCAUAAAUUUUAUCAUAGGAAUCGAACUUUUUCUGUUCCAUAUGUGUUGGCAUUUUGUGAAAUCAAGUUAUUAGGUCUUAUGUGAAAAUGAAAUGGUUGUGAAUGGAUUGUGAUUUCGUAGGAAGUUGAAGCUUUAGAUCAAAGGUUUAAAAAUGUGGCCAGCAAAUCCUCGUCCACCAUCUAGACCAUCUGCCGGAGACCAGUUCAAUAACAACUCAAAUUCUAACCCAUAUUCUCGAAAUCCUGCGGUUCCGAAAACUAAGCCAGGACGGCAGAGCACAGACCCGUGGGACUGGGGUUGGGAAGAUAACAACUCAGGCCAGCAGGAGGAUUGGAACAACGGAUGGGGUCAGACUCAGACAACAGCUCCUAAUGUGAUACCAAACCAUCCACCCCAGCCAUCCCACUAUCAGAGGCCACCAGACAAGAAGCCACAUGGCACUCCAGACCUCAUACCCGACCAGCUGAACACAUUCGCAAGUGGGCGGGGCAUGGUGCAACAGCAGUACAACCAAGUCUCUAAUGCUUCGGACUUCUUUGAAAACAUCGAUUUGGUCGGAAAUCAUGGGCCACCUUCAGUGCCAUUGUACAAUCCGUCUCAAAGACAAGUGCAUCAAGGUCAAAACUAUCAGUUUGCUCCCCAACCUUACCCUUCGCAAAACUUUGUGAAUAGGAACCCUGCACCUUCUACGCCUGCUUCUUACUUUCAUCCACCUAGCUCGAUUUCUCAAAAUUACGGAGCACCUCCCAAACCGUAUCCUGGUCCGCCUCAGUCAAAUUCUGUUCCACCUCAAGCCCAGUCUUAUCCCCCUCAACCUCACUCUGUUCCUUCUCUACCACCUCAUUCUGCUUCCCCUAAACCUAAUUCUGGUCCUCCACAGACUCAUUCAAUCCCCUCUCAACCUGUUUCAUUUCAACCCCAUUCUCCUUCUCCUCAACCUACUCCUCCUCCUCAAAAUUCUUUUCCUCCCCAGCCUUACUCUGGUCCACCUCAACCUUACUCCGUCCCCCCUCUACCACCUCAUUCUGCUUCUCCUAAACCUAAUUCUGCCCCUCAGUCUCAUUCUCUCCCUCCUCAAUCUCAGUCUAUUCCAUUUCAACCUCAUUCUCCUCCUCAACCCACCCCUCCUCCUCCUCAAGGCCAUCCACUCCCCCCUCAACAACACUCUUUCCCUUCUCAAACUUUGCAUGCACAGAACAAAGAGUCAAAACCCUAUCACCAGCCACCUCCUCCAGAGCAUAAUCAAAAUAUGGUCCAGAACUCCCAAUACUUCCAGCCAGAGCCUGUUUUAGAACAAAGCAACAGCUUUUACGUUCAACAACAGCAAACUCAACCACAAUCCAACUACUACUUUGACCAAAACAAUCUGCAGUCUCAAGAUCAUUCUAUUACUGGUAGUUUCUAUGACCAAAACACACCACUGAGUCAACAACCCACUGAUUACUACGAUCAGAGUGCAUUUACCAACAAUACUGAACAGAGAUAUGACACGAUGAGUGAAUCUGUUACCAACAUGACAGUUGAAGAGGUAGAAAACAUAGAAGUUGCCCCUCCUGAGAGCACAGUUACGCCAGUGAGCCAAGUAGAUGUGUCAAGAUCAUCAGCGGAAAACCUGCAAGAGGUACAAAGAGAGCUCAGUGUGGAAAAUAAUGAGGAAAAUAACAUUCCGGACAACCAAGAAACUGUGCCUGACAACGAAGAGCAUUUGCAAAACCUUCAUAAAAAAAUGAGUCAGAUGAAAAUUAGCUCCACUCAUAAUAUUGAUUCGUGGAGUACUGGGUGGGAGAACCAGGAGGUCGCCCCGAGGUGUGAGCUAGACAGGAACCAAUACCUGGAGACUGGACAACUGGUGGACUCCAACGGACCUGAGGAGACGACACCAGAGGUGGACAAUAAUGAUGAAGGUGAGGCUCUACCCCCGCCUGGCCUACACAGGAUGGUGACGGGGCAAGGGACAGACUCUGUGCCCCACAGACAGCCCCCAAGUGGUGGCGGGGGCUUUGUGAGACUAGUUCCUGGACAACCGACCCCCAGCGCAUCACCAGAACCUAUCACCAUGGAGAGAAUGGUUCCUGGACAGCAGAAUGCUCCAGAUGAACGGAUGGUUCCUGGUCACCAGAUGCAGGACUCUCUGCGGCUAGUGCCCGGAGGACAGCAGGAAGAGCGGAUGGUUCCUGGUCAGCUGAGCGAUGACGAGAACAACACCAGCGCAGACUUUGAGAGGAUGGUCCCUGGCAGGAUGUCAGAACACGAGGACAGCUUCCCUCGAGACGUGGAGGAUGAAAGGAUGGUGACCGGAGCGGGGAUGGAUGCAACAGACCCUGGCAUGUCUAACAGUGGGCAGGAAACCAGCAGACAUGAUGUGGGUCCUGGUAUUGAUGCUGAGGAGUCUGUUUCUCAACCACCUCCUGGUCUGCACAGACUGGUGCUGGGGCAGAUCAACUCUGAGACCAGCACAAGCACGGAACAUGUCACAGCCAAGACAGGGGAGAGGGAGAGAGUGGAGGAGACGGGGAUGCAGCGGAUGGUGGUCGGACAGUUCAGAGAGAAGGACGGAGAACCGGAGAGUGAGAAAGAGAAAGAGACGGUGAAGAGUAGCAACAGGGAGGACGACUCUGACUCCGACUACAACCGAGCGGAGAGACGGAGACAUCGCCACCGCAAAGACAGCUAUGAUGACGACAGGAAGGAGAGAGAGAGGGACUACUCUAGUGAGCGGGAGUACCGGGAGAGGGGUAAGGAGAGGAGGGGAGGGGAGUACCGGAAGAAGAGGGACAACAGCUACAACCACAGUCCGGAGUACAGGAGUGACCAUGAGGACUAUGAUAGGGAUGACUUCAGGGAGCGUAGAGAGAGAGAUAGACGAGACAGACCUCGGGAGCGAGACAGACGCAGGAGGAGCCCAGAGUCCUACUAUAGAGAAGAGCCGUACUAUAGAGAGGAUCCCAGGAGACUAGGUCCGAUGGACAGAGACAGGAGAUAUUACGAGCCUUAUCAAGAAGAUCCUUAUUACUACAGGGAAAACAGGUCUCGUCCCUCAAGCAGGACGGGCCUGGAGUAUCGCAGACAUAGAGACUACCCUCCUCGCCAGCCUUACUACCCUGAACAAGGUGGCAUGGACAGUUGGAACUAUUACCGAUACCAACAGUACUAUGAGAACAUGCGACGCACAGACCCGGCGGCGUAUGCGUUGUGGUACGAACGCUAUAUGGCGGAGAAGUAUGGAAACGCAAGCAACGACAGAGCCAGUGUCCACUCUGGCCGCAGCUCUGCCAAUGAGAUAAGCCACUCUCAAGACAAAGCACCAGCCCACUCCACUCCAGUAAGGCACGUAUUGUCACAGUCUCUUAGUAUGUGCUACAAAUCUUCAGCUAACCAGUCCACUCAGACAGCUGGAUUGUCCUUCACACAUCAGCACCUUGAGGAAGAUGACUCAGUUGUGAGAGCGGACGAGACUGUGUCUCACCGGUCUACGCCUCCUCUCUAUACGUCAGCUCAUGUCAGGGGUCAGUUCCAUUCACUCGGUCAGCUGGUGACGGUCGACCCUCAAGAUCCGUUCAGUUACGGUCAACACCAGGCGACUGUGACGGUGUACAGAGUGACAGGACCGACAGCAGCCGACACCCCCGACACACUGGAGUUCCUCAACAACCCUGGACCUUUCAUCAGCGGAGUUACACACAAAAAUACCGUCAUUCAGUAUCUGAAGAAGGAGAGAGAUCUACUGACUCAUUCAUCAGAAAGACUCCUCUACGACCUGAUAUGUCUUGUAAUCAAACUCAAUGGUGUAGUGGACAUGACAGAUGUAGCAGACCUACUGAUGGAGAGUUACAGACAGAGUCAACCUGAAGGUGAACUGUUCCCUGAGACGACAGUGGCGGGGGGAGACUCUACGCCACUCUCUCCACACCAGGUCACCUCUCGUUUCCGAGAUCUGCUGCUAGAAGGCAACAAGACUGAGGCGUUAGAGUGGGCAAUUAAGAACAAGGACUGGGGACAUGCUUUGUUCUUGGCGUCCAAGAUGGACUCUCGGACCCACAACAACGUGAUGGUGCGAUUUGCAAAUGGACUGCAGACCAACGAUCCUCUGCAGACGUUGUACCAACUCAUGUCCGGCCACGAGCCUCAAGCUGCCACGUGCGCUGCUGACAAGAGAUGGGGAGACUGGAGACCUCAUUUGGCUAUGAUGCUGAGCAACCGCACUCCCAAUGUAGAGGUUGAUCGCAAGGCUAUUCUCACACUGGGCGACUCGUUAGCUGGUAGAGGAAGGCUGUUCGCAGCUCACUUCUGCUACUUGACUGCUCAGCUGGAGUUCUCCCGUUACUCAGACCGCCAGCCGAAGCUUGUACUGCUCGGCGCGUCGGUGGACAAACCGUUUGCUCAGUUCGCUUCCUAUCGAGCGAUCAUGCUCACAGUUUGCUACGAGUUCGCUAAGCAGCUCAGCAACAAAGACUGGUGCAUCCCCUCCCUGCGUCACUACAAGUUCCUGCUGGCCUGCAAACUGAUCGACUAUGGUAAUCUCCCAGCUGCGCUGUCGUACCUGGAGUGGUUGUCACAAGACAUGGUACGUCUGCCCAGCACCAGAGAUGACCGACCGUUGGCACAGCUCGUCAUCAACAUGGCAGACAGGGUAAAGGUGGCGGACACAUCGCUGGCGUUCUCCGGAGACCUGGCCAGUGACCCUGACUGGCUGGCUCGGCUCAAACAACACGUCGAGGAUACCAAUGAUCCAACAAGUCUAUCUGCUCAGAUGACGCACGGUGUGUCAACCUCCACAGUGUCUGAUAUGGAGCCGAUCUCUUACAACGGAGAACACAACUUACAGCCUGCGCCUGUAGAAGUCCCGACGUACACCCAGCCCCAGGAGAUCCCUGCGUACACUGAACCACACACCGGUUACACGCAGGACUAUUAUGAGCAGCCACAGAGUGGGUACUACGACCCUACGCAGACCAUGGGUCAGACGCAAGGCUACACAGAGCCAAUGUCGCCUGACAACAGCUCGUCCCCGGAGUACUGGUCUGUGUCUAGUGGCGGGGGGUGGGAGACACAGCAGGCCCCGCAGCCUACUGACUCUGCGCCCGUAGCACCUCAGGUCACCGUCAAGUCUGGCUACGGAUACUUUGCCAACACCGAGGAACACAAACCACAGACGGUCAGCAAGCCAGAACCUGCAGAGCAGCCGUCCGGUGGAGUGUCCGCUAGUGACAAGACUGAUAGCAAGGACAAAUCCAAGCGCCGAGCCAACAAGACACAAAGUGGCUCUGGCUGGUUCGGCGGCAUCUGGGACAAACUGGCGCUGCGCCCCAAGAACCAGAUGAUCCUGCCGGACGACAAAAACCCAUCUAUUGUAUGGGAUGAUAAGACAAAGAGAUGGGUGAACACAGAUUCUACAGAAAACGAACAGCAAGUCCAGCUGAAGCCACCGCCCAAGGCUAGUGAGCUGAACGGGUCAGCAAUCCCCACAAUCCCUGCCCCUGCUGCCCCCGCUGGUCCUGCUUUACAAACAGCGACCCCUGCCAUGGGUGCCCCCAACAUGACUACUCAAGCCCCCACCGGCCCCACCAUGGCCAAUACAGCCCCGUCCGGCUUACCCCCACCUGCUGCUUCCACUAACAAAUACAAGCUGCAGAGAGGAAAGAGUAUGAAAUCAAAUUAUGUUGACGUAAUGGCCUCCAACAAGAAGACAGUGACGGGUGGGAACAAUCAAUCGUUCGCCCCCAUGCCGCAAGCUCCUGUCACUAACUUCUUCAUACCAGCCCCAGUUUCAGGCAAUGACAACGCCCCAGUAGAUUUCCUCAGUCCCUCGGGGCCUGUGAGUUUUGAGCUUUCCGCAACCAAACCUGACGACCAACUUCCCCAGUUGUCCCGUAGCAGUUCGGCGAGCUCUCUAUCUCGUGAGGUGACGUUUUACAUGAGCCGCCGGCCAGCCGGGCCUGGGCAUCGCUCGGGUGGAUACGGUAAAGGAAACCCAACCUUCUUCAACCCCUCACACUACAAGUCCUAAGAUGGUUGAAAUAUGAUGUGUGCUCUGCUUAAGUAUUGCAAUGUGAUUUAGUAUAAACUUUGUACUAAGGAAUCAUGAAUAUGGAGUUGUACGUCCAAGAUCCUUUUUAAAUGACCUUUGGUUUUUAUUUUGUAAGCAUUAACGUUAAUGAUUGAAACAUUCAAUUUACCCUUAUUUUUUACAACCACUACAUAAAUCCGUCAUUAUAGGUACUUACAUUGUUGUUUUGAGAAUAGUUUUCAACUGCAAUCUGUAAUAUUUGCAGCUGUUUAUUUUUAGUAGAAUUGGAAUGUCUGUAGCUUCAAAACUUUUUGGUAUUUUGUACAAUAUUCUAUCACUUACUUCCAUUUUAAAUAAAAAGUUUGCAUUAAUAACUUUUUAUCAUUUUUUUCAUAAGUUAAUAAUUUUUGAGUUUCAGUUCACAAUAUUUAAGUGGACAUUAAUAGUUUCAGCAAAGUAAAACUAAUCUGUACAGUGGCUGAACCCCCAUCAAGAUUGUAGACUGAAAAAAUCAUUGAAAUAAUAUUAAAGUUUUGAAGGUAUGUGCCAUUGUAUUGGCCAAGUACAUACGAAUCAUUUUUUACUUGCUGCGUUUUAGUAGCUAAAUCUGUAAUGUCUUGCACUCGGUAGUGGAUCUAUUCUCAAUUGUAAUAAUCAAAUUGAAAUUAGAUGAAUGUUUUGGAUAUAACUUUAAUAUUGUUUGGAGCUUAUUACCUUAGUAAAGACUUCUUUCUGGUUUUCUGUUGUUUUCUUGAGUCUAUAGGGGUAAAAAAAUAGAUUUUAUAUUGGAUGUGGCUUCAAAUAAAGAGCUUUAAUGUUAAAAAUAUUCAAUAAAAGACUAAAAAAGUUUCUAUUCAAACUUUUUUCAGAAGAGUUUUGUGUACCUAACAAAUUUUGAAAACUUGCUCAUCAAUAGAUAUUUUUGUCUUUUUGUGUUUUUGUCCGCUAGGCUAAGUAAUCUGAGAAUGAGAAAUAUUUACAUAAUCUAAAGCAUAAUUUAUAACACACAUUUUAGGUUGACCGCUAAUCUGUGAGCUUUCUAAUCAUCGUAAAUCAUAUUUCUGUAAAUCAAACUUAGCAAUCUUGUACCAGCUGGGUGUUAAUGUCUAUCAUAAUUGUUCAUCACUAUUGUUCCUGGCUCUAGGGUUGUUACUUGUUUUUAAUUUAUUGUUAGCGUAAAGGUGCUUACCCUAAUAUCGCUUUUCAUGUUGAUUCGCAGCUGUAUCGGAGGAGUGCCUGGUUUUCGCAACUGUGGCGAGCGUAAGCCUCAGAGUGUAGAUAUGUUUUGAUAUGUACAUAGGACAGUUAACUGUAUAAACCCAAAGGCUGUACUGUUACGCUAAUUACUUUAAAUUUUUAUAUCAUGUACAAUUUUGGGUAAUGCUAGAUCUCCAUGUACGUCUAAGAUUGUUUUAUUUUCUUAAGUUUUAUUUUAACUGUUGGAGUUAUUGGGGAAGGUAUUAAAUAUUUAUUAUAAUAUCCAGGCUAUGAAGUGGAUUAUUUUUUUGAUUGUAUGGUAAAGUAUUAAAAUUAAAGUAAACAAUUUAAUAAAUUAACAUAUCAUAAAACUGUUGUUUUACUAGCCUUCUCUAUUGUUCUUGAAUGCAGGUAGUUUUGUAGCUAUG